AUCUGCCGCCCUAAUUUUAUAGCAUUGAAACAGGAAAUCAUUAUAGAGAAAAAAAGGAACAUAGAAAACUAAAGUCACACGGAAGCAGGACGCUUCGCGGAAGGGAGCAACAAGCGCUAAAAGCUUUGCAGGAAAUAUUAAUACAGUAGUGAUGACGUAAAUGAUUGCGGUCCUUUUCCGUACAGCGGCAAGCGUCAUAGUGAAACAAAUUUGAUGUCUUCUAUAGUUUAUGUGUCUUCAAAUGUAAAGAGUAGCAUCUUAUGUCAGUAUUUUUUAUAUUCGCCAUGAUUUUUCAAGAUGUACAACACAUGGACGACUCCAGGUCGUGGCAUUCUACAUUUCAGGUUUGUAUGCAACAGAGAAAAGCCUUUGCCGAGCUUUGAACUUUGGCAGGAAAGCUGCACUUGAGUGUCACUGGCAUGUAAAGUUGCAUAUGGGAACAAACUGUUAAAUAACAACUAAAUGUCAAUUUUCUUUCUAUUUUUCAACACACAGCACCUGAACAUAAAGGCUAAGUCAACAGCUGGCUCGCAAAAAGUUGGAAAAAGUGCCGAGAAUAGGAAUUAUAAUCGAUACAGAGAUGUCGUCCCUUGUACGUACUGAGCUAUUUAAUACAUGCUGAUUCUUGUUUCAAAACUUGCAAUUGCGAAUAGUUUCUUGUUAAAUUAUGAAAGCGAACGCUUUGUUGUUAAAAUAACGUUGUAUUUUAUAUUCUUUGCUUUUCUCUUGGUAUUUUUAUGGCCCAGUUAUGAGAUAUUUGUUUUUUAUGUUUUCUUGACAGAUGACCACAGUUUGGUUCGCUUGCGAAAUAGCGACACAGAAUACAUAAAUGCGAAUUUUGUUAAGGUUUGUGCUGUAAAAAGUACCUUAAAAUGGACAUAUAAUCGCACAAAACUGCCGUAUCAGGACGAUUUGUGUUCAAAAUGAUCUUAAUUUGGCAGAAAAUACUAGCAUUAUAUAAUCCGCGUGGGUUGACUAGUUACAAGAGAGACCACUCGUGCGAAUCCUCAAGUGUUUUGAAAACUAGGCUAUCAAUAUUGUCAAAAAUAUUUUUAGUUUUGAAAAUAUCAGACUGUUAUGAGUUAAUAGGUAGACAAGUAUACCUAGAUUAUGUUUUGUAUAAAAAAUGUUUAGAAAAUUAUGGCGUUUCCUCAGUAUAUUUAAAAAAAUAUUUAAAGAUUGUCAGGAAAUGGUCCUUAUUUGUGCCAUCAUUCUAUUGUUAUAGUUUCCUGAUUUACAUUUUAUUACCCCCAACAUGUUUGGAAUAUAUAUGUUCUAACUUGUCACUAUGUAUGUAAAUACUAUCCCCCUCAUUGUACGAAUCGGUUGUAUUAAUUAGGUACUAUACCCUCUACUUUUUAAUGCCGAUGUUGAUAUAUGAUAUAAUUGUUGCCUGGGCAUAUGAAAAUGGGUAGAAUAUUGAUUAGGUCACUCCAACUUCAGUUUUCCGUUCAGUAACUGCAUUUCCAAGAAAUGGUCGCAUGAUUUUUGCAUUAAUGAUACCUUUACAUUUUUUUAAAACUUGGUAAAAUGUCUACUGUAAAACUUGGUUAAAAGUCUGACUGCUGUCAUUCACAUUCUCAUUCUGCUCUUUUUUGCUCUGAUUUUGAAUCAGAAAAUUAUAAUUGCAACUUUUUGCCAACCUGAUAUGACAGUAAGGGGCGGACCAUUAGAAAUCCCGGGAGGGGGGGUGAAAAUUCCCCCAAAAAAAUUCGUGCAAAGGAAAAUGCCUGGAAAAAAAAUUCGUGCAGCCAUUACGUCAGAGAAAAAAAAUUCGUGCAAGCAAACAGCGAAGUACAAAUAGUCUUGAAAAAAAAUUUGUGCAGAGGUUAAACGCAUUAAAAAAAAUUCCUGCAGAGACACGAGACUGAAAAAAAAAUUUGUGCCGCAAAAAUUUUAUACCCCCCUCCCGGGAUUUCUAAUGGUCCGCCCCUAAGUUGUCAAUUGCCAACCAAUCAAAACCACCAGUGUUUGGCAUAAGCAAAUUGGACAUACUCUUCUCACAUGUAUCAAAGCAAAAUUAUAAUCAGAUAACACAGAUAACAGCAUUAUUAACCCCAGUAGCUCACAUGAAAGGCACAUGAAUGGACCUAUUCCCUAAUGAACAAAAUUUUGAUCUAGACAAGUCUGGACAAAAAUUUCAUCACAGCUUGAAAGAGCAUCACAAAAUUAGUAAUAUUCCGAAGUUUUGUUGCGAAAUGUUGUAAAAUGUGGAUAAUAUAGCCCUGCAAAGUUUGCCGUUUUUCAGUCAUUUUGUAUUACACACAGGAAAUUGAUACCUUUUUUCAGUAUCAAAUUCCUGUGCGUAAUACAAAAUGACUGAAAAACGGCAAACUUCGCAGGGCUAUAUUAUCUGUAUUUUAUAACAGCUCUUUCAAGCUGUGAUGAAAUUUUUGUCUAGACUUGUCUAGAUCAAAAUUUUGUUCAUUAGGGAAUAGGUCCUUUAACUUGUCACUAACAUAAAAAAUGCACUUUCUCAAAAAAUGCUUGUACUUAUAUUUUUCAGGUUGCAUCAAUUAGAAAAGAGUAUAUUUUAACACAGGUAAAAACUAUGUACAGUACUACUGUAUGUAGGGCUGUUGUAUAUUGAUAUUUAUUAUAUAGUGGCUAGAGAGUGAGAUACUGAAAAUACACAGUGAGAUAUUUUCCAUAUCUUCACUAGUGAAGAUAUUGAUCACAUGACUUUUUCCAAUUUGCUUUUGAGCACUGUAUUUGUAAAAAAAAUUGUGAAAGUGUGAAUCCUGAACAAUGGUUAAAAAUAUUAUUUAUAAUGUCUAACUUAAUAAUAAUAAUAAUAAUAUGUAUUUAUUUAAUCACGAUAAGUUAGUUACAGGCAGUGCUGAUGUGGUCGUGAAAAACUAAAAAACUAUAACUAUAAUAACUUGUUGUUAUAACUAUAAUAACUUGUUGUUGUUAUAAUAACUUGUUGUUAUAACUUGUUGUGUUUAUAAUAUAGGGUCCUCUAGCAAACACAUGUAAACACUUUUGGGAAAUGGUUUGGGAACAGAAUACUUAUAGUGUUGUUAUGCUGAACAGAGUUGUUGAAAAAAAUCAGGUUAGAAAUCCUCAUAAUUUGAAGGACAAUACCCUCUGAAAUAAAAACUACUACGCCCCCUGAUAAAGUCAUUGCUUGACUAAUAAGUCUGAUUGAUGACACCCCCUAAAAAUGACUCUAUGACAACAUCCCUUCCUGAAAGAAAAAUGAAUCUAUAUGCUCCCCCCUGGCAAAUGAAUCUGAAUGGCAACACGGUCAACACACCCUGUUGACUAAUGUUAAAUCCAUCUGACUUAUGAAACAUUUGUUAAAUUAACACAAAUAUUUUAUAGCUCAAGUGCCACCAAUACUGGCCAUUGGAAGGUUCACUAACAGCUGGUGACAUAAAAGUGACUGUUGUUGAGGAAGAUGAUCACACUGAAUUUAUUGUCAGAGUUUUAGAAUUAGAACACUUGAAGGUAUGAUAAAUGGAAAUUUCUAUGCAAUUAAAGAUCAAGAAAACAUAUACAUAUUAUGUUUUUUAAUGUUUUGAGCAGAGUUGUUCACAAUAUAUCACAUAUACGUAUUACAACCAUGGUGCCUUUUUGCAUACUUUAUUCAUUUGCUCUUUGUAAAGGCCAAUGGUUUUACUAAUUAACUAACUGAUUGUAAUGUUUUAUUUCAAAGGAGAAAAGCAAAAGAAGCAUUCGUCAUUUUCACUAUGUGGCUUGGCCUGAUUUUGGAGUCCCUUCAUCGCCACAAGCAUUUCUCAAAUAUUUAUUAACCGUCCAGGAAUAUCAGUCUUCUGUACAGGAUGUUGGACCUCCUGUUAUACACUGCAGGUAGAAUAUAGAGUUUGAAUUAACUUCUGUGUUUGCAAAUUAUUGGUGAUGCACUGACAUCCAUAUUGGUAUUCUGGGCCUAAGUUUAAAAUUUUGUAUCAGUAUCUUUGUUGCCCAUGUUACCAAUAUUGUAUGAUAAUAAAUGUAUUAAUAAUACAUGUAUAUAUUAUAAAUUUAAUCUUUUGUAACUCAGUGAUCUGAAUGUAUCAAUAUAAAUUAUAUUUAUGAAGAGAAAUAGAUAACCUUUAUGAACUUUCUUUACAAAACAGUGCUGGAAUUGGACGGUCAGGGACAUUUGCUCUUAUUGAUUCUGCUCUUACAGAGGUAAUUUUAUACUUUCCUGCAACUUAUCCAAUAUAUAUAGUUAAUUAAAUACACCUUCGCCCAUUUAGUACUACUAAAUUGUAAAUUUCGACACACUAUGACGCUGUUUUCUGACCAAAAUUCUGUCAAAUCUUUCCCAAAGUCCAGGAAGUGGCAUUUCAGAGACUCUAAAUUUAAAAAUUUCCUCGGGCCUUUGGCCCUCGCUUUUAACCCUCCAAUCAAAAAGAGCUUCCUACGGCCCUGAAAUACAAUAGCUGUUAAUAACAUCCUUUUGUUAGCAUUCCUCCAACAUGGCCCCUAUAACGUUCAAGUGCAAACCAUGAGUACUAUUUCUGAGUGAGUGAGUGUCUCAAUCAAGUAUACCAAUAGUAUGUUGAACACUUGAACCAGAUACCUUGGGUUGGAACAUUAACAAUUCUAAUAUACAUUUUAGAUAGUUGAUUUGAUUUUUUAAUUUUUUAAAUAUAAAUAGGGUUCAUAGCAUAUAUUCUUAAUAUCUUAUAUCUGUUAAACUUAGCGUAAUUCAGCUGUGAAAUUUUCUGAGGCUGUAAGUUCUAAAGUUCAAUAAACCAUCUAUCUACAUAAAUGGUAGCAAAUCUUAUAUUAAGUUCUUUGAAUGUUUGCAUGGCGAUAAAAUAUAAUUGUUUUUGUUUGUGGAAACACCACGUAAAUUUACGUGGUGUUUCCACAAACAAAAACAAUUAAAUCUUAUAUUGUAGAUACAACAAAAAGAUAACAUGAUGGAUUAUGAUGUGAAAAGCAAACUUCUUGAAAUGAGAACAUACAGGCCAGGUCUUAUUCAAACCACAGAGCAACUUCACUUCUCUUAUAUUGCUAUCCUAGAGGGUGCCAAUAUGGUAGCACCUUCUGCCUAUAGCAAUGCUUAUUAUAGCAUGAGUAAGUAUUUGAAUAGCUCUCUGUCUUUCUGAGAAUACGCUUAUUGCAGGAUUUUUUUCAGGAUUUUCUCUUGGAUCCGUUUUUGCAGAGAAGAUUGAGUUUAGCUGAACAGCUGGGGUGGCUGCACCCCCCUCCCCUACCGGGGGCUGACACCUGUACUCAAUAAAUGUAGUUGAGACGGAAUGUGUUAAAACAGGGGCAUUAAGGGACACUAUAAACUGGUUAAAUAUGGCGAAUGCAUAGUUUUUCUUGUGUUGUGAGAUGAAUUCCAGCCAUUUUUUUUUAAUUGUCGGGUUUCCAACUGAAAACUAAUUUUCACAUGUCACGAAUUUAACUCAAACAACUUCAUUUUUACUACACUGAAACUUUGGUGAGAAGAUUGAGUUUCAAAACUCAAUUCAAGAUUGAGUUUUUGGGGCCGUUUAACGGCCCUAAAAAAUCCCUGAAAAAAAACCUGUUAUUGGAAAAGGGGUUCAUUUAAGUGGGCACUAAUCAUACUGUAACUCUUCUCAUUAUUUGGGAUCAGUGGCAUUCAUCCUGCACAAAGCGAUCGACGAUCGUAAUGGAAAACGGCCAUAACAAAAUAAACAAAUCUGACUUGAUUUUUUUUUCUAAGCGGGGGAAUCCGCGGAAGAGUACGAAGAAGAAGAAGAAUACGUGGAUCGAGCGGAUAAGAGAAGGGCGGAUGGUGAACAGGAUGACCAGCCAGGCGGGAAGGAACCGAGGAAAGAACCAAUAGCAGCGGUCACAGGUAGUUCGCUCGUUAUAUUCGCAGCCUUCUCCGCAGGCAACUCGGUGGAAAACAGGGCGAAAUUUACGCAAUAUUUAGCAUAUUGAGGGGUGGCUAAAUUAAAGUUUUCUAUUUAAACUUUUUUCUCUGCGUAGAAUCUGAAUCAGAAUCUGAAAGUGGAGAGGAUGAUCAAGUGGGUUUAUCUGAUGUGAAUGCCCACCUUAAUGAUAGCAGUGAAGUUGGAGAUGAAAGUAGUGAACAACCUGGAGAUGAAAGUGAUGAAGCUGGAGAAGACAAUGGAGAAGCUGGAGACGAAAGUGAAGAACCUGGAGAUGAUGGUAACGAAGAGGGGGAAGACGAUAACAGUGGACAAGUCCAAGAACCAACUGUAAAUGAUAACGCCCAAUCUGGUAUGUGUUUUUUUUGAUAGUCUUCAUAGUACUUAUUCUAUUUUCUGCAGUGCAACUCUGGGGCUUACAAACAUUUUUUAUUUAAAUUUUUUGAGCUUAUCUUUGACCUAAACAGGUUAAUUUAUGUUCUCAAUAUCUUUAACAAAAUCAUACUCGAAUGAAAGCCCGGAAUGAAAUUAAUUUGUCCUUGGUACAGUAGGUAAUGGAUGCGAAAACCACUGCGUGCUAUUUUGUUUUUCAUUUCUAAAUUGAACUGAAAUAUUACAGAGAACUUGGGGUUUCCCGCGAUAACAGUCACAGCGACUUCGUCCGAAACCUUAGCGGACAGACUGGAAGAACAAGUAGACAAUAUAGAGGAGGACAAAGGUGGAACAGUCGAUCAAGCACAACAUAAAUAUAGCGCGAUCGCAGAACCUCAUUCGUCUAUCGUAGAUGCAGAUCAUCAUGUCACAGGCACUGGUGGUGAUGGUAUCGAAACACAAGCCACAGAUGAAUCUGAGACAAUAUCUGGGAACUCUGACAGUCAAAGUGAACAAUGUAAACACAACAGUGAUGACACUAUAAAAUAUCCGGUGACAGAGAGUCAAGGUGACUUCGAAACUGCAGAUGAUUGCAAAGGUCAAACGCCUGGCCAAUCUAGCGUUUGCUCAGGUCAUUUCUCGAGUGAUUUUGAAAUAAAGAGCUCCGAAGAUGUGAUCAGUGCAGGACCAGGUUCCAGAGAUGUGGCUGGUAGUAGUCAAAGUGUUGAGAAAGUGGUGGACAGGUGGCAAUGUUCUGAUAACGAGGAGGGUACUGAUUCUAAAGAACCACGCCCAAAAAGAUCCGCAAUCAGGCGGAAUUCGUUAGAAGGUGGAAAACGGAAAUCAGUCACUUUUGUACCCACUGUGAACGGAGAAGCCGAUGUAGAGGAUACGAUGGAGAGAGAAAGUGCUGGGUAUGUUGAUGAAAAAGAAACGGAAAGGUUAGUAUAUCUUAAUUCAAAUUAUCUAAUAUAUCUAAUACAAGAAGAGUCCAUGCUACAAAAUACUGCCGUGGUUUGUGUCUGAACUACCUGACACGUUUCAAACGAAGAACCGUCGUCAAGAGGUUAGUAACUGAGCAAACCCGCAAAUGGUGGUUUAAAUUUUUUAGACAUCUGAGACACAGACCACAGCAGCAUAUUACGAAAGACAUGUUACGCUUCUCGCGGUGAGUGUAAAGGCCCAUCAAGAAACAAUGGCAGGAAGUUAACUUGUAUUCGGCUGUCUUCUCAGAUCAAAACCGAACCCAAUUGUAUUUGACAAUAUUGAACAAGUGUUGGAAAUAGCCCUAUUUUCACUCGUACCCAGUCUUUUGUCCGAUCUAUCGCGUCGGUUUGGAUUCCUGGAUGAAAGUCUUGCGCACUCCAAUUAACAAACGCAAUAAACGAAACUUGUUUUGCUCUAUGUUUCCUUUCGAUUGCUCAUUAAAGAGGACAAUUGUACUCCUUCAUGGCUUUAUCGGCGUGAGUAAACAUAUAUAUUAGACAGUUUUAGAUCGAGGACGUGGACGUCAAAGACGACGUGAAAAUGACGCAAAAAUGGCGUGGCAUAUCCAUACAUGGGCACAACACGCCAUUUUCACGUCGUCUUUGACGUCCGCGUCCUCGAUCUAAAUCUGUCUAUUAUUUGUACGCACACUAAUAGACAACUUGCAUGUUAGACUAAUUUUUGAUCUAGGCAAGAAAAGUAAAUUCCCGUUAAGAACUUAUUAAAAUUAGUAAAAUUGAAAAAUUUGGUUAUGAAAUGUUGUAAAAUACGAAAAAUAUAGCCUUGCGAAGUUUGCAUAUUUUGUAUAUGUUUGUAUUUUACGUGCGGAAAUUGCUACCCAAUUGCUACCAUUUUUGAGCCGAAAAUGGUAACAAUUUCCGCACGUAAUACAAACAUAUACAAAAUUUGCAAACUUUACAAGGCUAUAUUUUCCAAGCUUUACAACCUUACGCAACCAAAUUUUGCAUAUGUUCUUUUUAGCUGUGGUGUUUGAUUCCCUUCUCUUAGACACUUAGAUUAAAAUUUAGUCUAACAUGCAAGUUGUCCAUUAUGAGAUGAACGAACGUUCCCAGUAUUUUAACUUGAUUUUCGUAUAAUUUCAAUAGUGCUAUUCCCUCCCUUUCAGUUCGCACGUGCGUCGAAGGGCGGUGGAAGAACGGAAACGAAAUCUGGCCAGCAAAGUAGAUGAAAUAAAGAAGAAAAUGCAAAAUAGUGAGGAAAGCGAAGACUCGUUAAGUUCGACAAUGAUAGGAUUUGUAUUAUGUGUGGCCGUCGUAGGAUUUGCAUACUUUUAUUAUUAUUAUUAGCAGUAAAUCUUACUGUCUGUAUAUUUUUCAAAGCGUUCUCGUUGCUCAAAUUUAACAGCUUGCAUACUGACAGUAUUAUAUACAGUAGAGGAUAUUUUUAACUGCAUACGCUAUCUCUGGGAGUAUUGUUUUCAAACUGUUAAACCGCUUUCCAUUUGGUCGUGGUGAUAUGAAUGUCGAGAUGGCUGGUAAAUGGCCACUCCAAAUAUGAUCCAGUUAUCGGAAUAUUCUAUACUCCUUUGUUUUGACAAUACACCCUUUCGAUAAUUACGUCACAACUACACUGUUUUCAACUUAGGACCACCUUAAAUGGAAAGGAUUUUCCUUCUUCAACACAUGCAUGAAAAAGAAUUCUUUAUUUUGACCAAUAAAUGUGGAAAUAAGCUUUAACACGAAAACGAGGCUCCAGGUCAUGCCUCGUUUUCGUGUUAAUGCUUAUUUCCAUAUUUAUUGAUCAAAAUCCAAAAUUGUUUUUCGUGCAUGUGUUGAAGAAGGAUGUUCUGCUUCUCUGUGUAUAGCCCAUGAGAAAAAAAAACUUGAAAUUCUUUCUAUCUAAGGUGGUCCUAAGUUGAAAACAGUGUAGUUGUGACGUAAUUAUCAAAAGGAUGUAUUCCACUGUUCCCCGUGGCAGAUUCCGAUAUAUCUUUAAGAUAUAUUAGGAAACAGCACACAAAAGAUGUCGACGUGAUGUCACAUGCGUGACCUCAUGUUGGUUAUGACAGCCGAGAUCAAAUGGAAACCAGGCUUUUCAGGGACCGAUUAUUAUGGAGCCUAGUUCCUAGGCCUCUUAAUUUGCAGACGGCUGCCAAGCAUUUCACGGAAGAGGUUAUUUCGCUGGCCUCAGAGUGACAAAACGUAACAAAGCAACGGUUUUACUAACACUAACCCUAUUCCAAACACUAACACUAACCCUAACCUAAUCCUACUCCAAGUUUGUUUCUAAACAAAUCUUGAAGAAAAAAUUUUUGACGAAAUGUCAUUCUGAGGUCAGCGAAAUAACUUCUUCCCAUUUCACUCGAUGACGUCACGAGAAAAUAAAAGCGUGACAGACGUCUAGGGACUAGUCUGUUUAUUAUAAGUUUUUUGUUUUUUACUCUCAACUGUGUGAGUUUAGUUACUAGAUAAAAAAAUUACCAAGAUGGCCAGUGAAUGUCUGCCUUUAUUUACCCGUUAGGCCACGUGGCCAGCAAAACUGUUGUUUACCAAGGGUCAUUGGGUAUUAUCCUUGGUACACAUAAACAGCCUUUAAUAUGUACAGUCAUAUAACCUGAAUUUGCGAUAAAAAAAUUAAAAAUGCGUGUUUGUGAAAUAAAAUCUAAGUUUGGGUUUGU